AAUACAGAUUCAAUGGAAAAAAAUAAUUGUUCUGCGAAAUCCGAACAACAACACGGUCCAACUACUAGCUCUAUUAAACCCACUAAAAAAUGCAUGGUUUGUGAUACUGCGUGCUCAUAUCAUUAUUAUGGCGUACAGAGUUGUGAAGGAUGUAAGCAGUUCUUCCGUAGAUCAGUCGUAAAACAAAAAAUUUUCCAUUGCUGGAAAGAUAAACAAUGUGAUAUAACCAAAGCUAAUCGCUGCAGAGGAUGCCGGCUUGAUAGAUGCCUUUUAGUUGGCAUGGAUCCUUUACUAAUUAAUGCUGAAAGCACCCAAUCGCUCGAUUUAUUUAUUGAAACGCUAGAAAAUCGUCGUACUAAGUUGUUGAACAUGCACGGCGUCUGUCAAUCAACGCCUAGCUCUGAUGAUAUAAUCCCCGAACCCGAUCUUCACAAUAAAUGUCCGGAUGUUGCGAUUCAGAGCAAUUUAACCUCGGAAGGUGCUUCUGAUAGUGGAUUAAUGAAUACACUUCACUUUCUCGGAAAAUGCCAUUAUAGAAUAUGGGCAUCUAACACUCCAUUUGACUUUGCUAGUUUAAAUUCAUCAUCAAAUAUUCAAAACUAUCUAGAAGAUCCCAAUCAUAUUUUAGCAAAAGCCGACGAAUUUUCGGAUAAUAUGCCAUCGUUUUGGAAUUCGGAAAGGUUUCGUGCUGAAGUAGAAGUGUUUGGGUUCUCUUCUCCAAAACAUAUAAAAAUUAUUACCAAAGACCAUUUUCUGGCUAUGGAAUUUGCUAAAGUGGUGCUAAGUUUCAAUAAACUCGAUAUUGACGACCAGGCAUUAAUAAUAAAAGAUUUAAUUGAGCCAAUCUUUAUGUUUUUCAAUAGUUAUUACGCUAGCUGCAUGAAUGCAGAUCAGUGGACAACUUCGGAGGGGUUAACGUUGGGAACGAUGUUAACAACUAAAUCUUUAAUUAAUGAUGAAAAAAUUCAAAGGUUUCGUCAACAAUUGGUUUUUCAAUCUGUUCAAGCUUUUGCAGAUUUAGAUCUUGCCCCAGAAGAAUUUCUCUUAUUGCUUGCUAUUCUUAUCUCAAGCUCAACGGUAGAUGGGCUGUCGGCAAAAUCGCGUGACAUAAUAUAUAAUAAUUCUGUACACUAUUCCAAACUACUUUUUACAAUAUUGCAAACAAAAUAUGGUGCCAAUGCAAUUAAGAGAUAUGUACCUGUAAUGCAACUUGUAGCUAAGGCACACAAACUAAAGUUUAUAUCAAAGACUCUUGGCACUUAUAUUGAAGUAUUUAUUUUACAUGGAAGAGAUGCUAUAUGUCAAACUAUACCAAAAACCGUCUUGAUGUUUAUGGAAUAG